AUGGCCUCUCCCAACCUCGAGCUCUACGGCUACUUCCGCUCCUCGUGCUCCGGCCGCCUGCGCCUCGCCCUGCACCUCAAGUCGCUUCCCUACACCCGCCACCCCGUCAACCUGCUCAAAGGCGACCAGCUAGCCGACGCCUACAGAGCCCUCAACCCAACCAACACCGUCCCGCUCCUCGUCGUGUCCAACCUCCCCGACAACCCGUCCCCGUCCUUCGCGUCUUUCACCAUCGGCCAAUCCGUCGCCGCCCUCGAAUUCCUCGAAGAAGCCUUUCCCAACGCCCGCCCGCUUCUGCCCCCGCUCUCGAACCUCGCCGCGCGCGCUCACGUCCGCUCCAUCUGCCUCGUUAUCGCCUGCGACGUGCAGCCCGUGACGAACCUCAAGAUCCAGAAGAGAGUCAAGGCGCUCAGCGGUGAUCCGGCUGUCUGGUCGCGCGAGCUCUCUGAGCAAGGGUUCGGUGCGGUGGAGAAGCUGCUGGAGCGCAGUGCAGGCCGGUUCUGUGUGGGCGAUGAGAUUACGCUGGCCGAUGUGUGUCUAGUUCCGGCCAUCUGGUCUGCGCAGCGGGUGGGGAUGGAUCUGGCGCAGUUCCCGAAUGUGAAGAGGGUGUUUGAGGAGAUGUUGAAGGAGGAGGCCGUCCAGAUGGGACAUUGGCAGAAACAAGAGGACACGCCAGAGGAAUUGAGGGCAUGA